AUUGUUAUACGAAAAAAAUACCUUAACCAAAUACUAAUAAGGAUAUAUUAGUUUUCACAUCGGUGUCCACCAUUUUUAAAGGAAGUUUGCUUUUCGGAAUCGGAGGUGAUGCAUUUAACCCCAAUUUCUUAGAUCACAGUCAACCCUUCUGCAGAGAUGCCUUCCGAUCAAGCUUUCUUCCAUUACUCCGUUAUCUCCUACUUCCUCAUCGCACCACCCACCUUCAUCUCCUGCCAGUUCACGACCGCCCCUUACGGCAAGCACCACCGGAAGGGAUGGGGUCCCACCAUCUCCCCACCAUUAGCCUGGUUCCUCAUGGAAAGUCCCACCCUAUGGUUCACACUCCUCCUCUUCCCACUGGGCCAACACCGUUCUGAUCCAAAAUCCAUCAUCCUCAUUUCACCUUUCAUCUUCCACUACUUCCACCGCACCAUCAUCUACCCUCUCCGCCUCCGCCGCAAACUCUCAAAUGGGUAUCCGAUCAGUGUCGCUCUCAUGGCCUUCACGUUCAACCUCUUUAAUUCUUACUUGCAGACCAGAUGGGUGUCCGAAUACGCCGAUUACAUAAACGAUGGGUGGUUCUGGUGGCGGUUUUGCGUUGGAUUGGCGGUUUUCUUGGGUGGUAUGGCGGUGAAUGUGAAGUCAGAUAUGGAAUUGAUGAAAUUGAAGAGUGCCGGCGGUGGGUAUAAGAUUCCGAGAGGCGGUUUCUUUGAACUUGUGAGCUGCCCAAAUUACUCCGGUGAGAUUGUGGAGUGGUUGGGUUGGGGAUUGAUGACCGGGUCAUGGGUCGGGUUAGGGUUUUUCGUAUACACGUGUGCCAACUUGGUGCCGAGGGCACGUGCGAAUCACAAGUGGUAUAUGGAGAAAUUUGGUGAAGAUUAUCCCAAAGGGAGGAAGGCUGUAAUCCCAUUUGUGUAUUGAGUUGUUGAAUUAUCGUGUUCAUUAAUGUGAAACUUCUUUUUCUAGUUA